UCCUGCCAGCUCAGCAAGGAAAUGGUUGGGCACCCUGCCCCUUUCCUGGGGUCAGAACAAAAAAAAACUGCAUCCAUGGAGGGCGAGGGGCUGGGGAUGAUAUUUUUAUGGGAUUUGGGUAUAGGAUAAGGUACAAUGAAGGCUGAGACCAUCAUAGAGAGUUAGAACUCAGACCUCUAUGUGUAUUUUACAAACAGACGUUAGGGGUUAGCACCAGCCGGAUCAGAGACACAAGUCCACAUGCAGGUGGACCACACACUCACUCAAACUAUUACGCAGCUCUAGAGACAGACGCCUCUGAUCGGACGCGAUCUGUCUUCCUUGAGGUUGUGGCUCAGAGGAGUUUAGUGGCCUCAGGAAGAGCGCCAGCCCUGAGGGAGCCCAAGAGCAUUUCCCUGUGCCCCGUGCACCAACCUUAGACCUGGGGUGCUCCAGGCUCUGUCCCGGCUCGGCUUUCUCCUAUGACAAGAAACCACGAGAGAAGCGGAGAUGGCUGGACGCUGGUCAGAGGCCAGGGACAGACUCUCGGAGGACUGUCUGGGCCCCGCCCCCCGGCCCUGCUCCCAUUACAGAGAGGACGCCUCCACCACCCAGCGGCUGGGCACCACCGGCACCAGCAGGCAGUUUUUCUCCAGCCCUGACCUUCCCCAGGGCUCGUCCUGGCUCUGUAAAGAGCUGUGAGCCGCCCCCCCCCGCCCCCCGCUGAGGGAGAAACAGCAGGUGAUAGGAGGGGUUAGCCGGGGAAACCUAAACCCCGACUUGUGCCAUUCUUUAUAAAAGGAUCUUAAAGGCCAGAGGUGUGUGUGUGUGUCGGGGAGCGGGGGAGCCUUAAGUAGAUUACCUACAUGCCGCCCUGCAGUAGCGCUGUGGGUGGGGAGGGUUAGGGGGGACCCUGGUCUCCAGCCCGGCCACCAUCAGUGUUGCAGGGACUCUAGCCCCCACUCCAAGCAUCCCCCCGCUGAGGCUUGGGGUCCGAGCCUCAGGGACCCCCAUCGAAGGAGCUUCAAACUCGGCUCCCCAGUGGAUGCUCUGGGCUGAGAACUUUGCCCACAAAUGGUACCCACAGGAGGUGUUUAGACAGAGAGGUCGCACAGGGUUGCCCUGCACCUGCCAGACUAAAUGACAGCCCCAAGGCAGGUGCUCGGCCCGGGGGGUCUGGAGCCCGAAAGACCCUUCCGAGCUGCCCGGCUGCUUCUGCAGCGGCCGGGAGCCUGGGGGCCACAGAGCCGCCCGCACCCCUCCCUCUCUGCACGCUGGAGUGCCGCCCGCUGCAGCCUCCCUGGCUGCUUUAUUUAUUUAUUUUGCACCAACAGGGUUGCUGCAGACUCAUUCUCGCCUGGUUUAAAAAGAGAGAGAGAGGAAAAAAAAAAAACGGAGAAACGCUUUCUGGCUCUUUUCUCUACCUUGGUCUUGGCAGCGGCAGCAGCAGAGGCAGCGGCGGGCGGGCGGGCAGGGGGCAGUGGGAGUGAGGCGCACUGGGGAGGUGCAGGCCGAAGUGACCUCGAAUGGGACAGGCCCCCAACCCCGGACAGAUGCAGCGGCCAACUUGAUGCCGCCCUCCACUUCUCCGGACUGAAGAGGGGAUGGCCACGGCCACAACUCCAAAGCAAGCCUGGCACCCGUGGCGACCCCUCCUUAUCCUGCUGCUCCUGCUGGGAGGGAGCGGUGGCAGCUGCCCGCCCGCGUGUGACUGCACCUCCCAGCCCCGGGCCGUGCUCUGCGCCCACCGGCGGCUGGAGGCUGUGCCUGGGGGACUCCCGCCGGACACGGAGCUCCUGGACUUGAGUGGGAACCGCCUAUGGGGGCUUCAGCGGGGGAUGCUCUCCCGCCUGGGCUUGCUCCAGGAACUGGACCUCAGCGACAACCAGCUGUCGGCCCUGGAGCCCGGGGCCUUCCUUGGCCUGCAAAGCCUGCUCACCCUGAGGCUGCAGGGCAACCGGCUGCGAAUCCUGGGGCCCGGGGUGUUCUCCGGCCUGUCCGCCCUCACGCUGCUGGACCUCCGCCUCAACCAGAUCGUCCUCUUCCUCGACGGAGCUUUUGGGGAGCUGGGCAGUCUCCAGCAACUGGAGGUUGGGGACAACCACCUGGUGUUUGUGGCUCCGGGGGCCUUUGCAGGGCUGGCCAAGCUGAGGUCCCUCACCCUGGAGCGCUGCAACCUCAGCACAGUGCCUGGCCGGGCCCUGGCCCGGCUCCCAGAACUGGGGGCCCUUCGGCUUCGAGACCUGGACAUUGGGAGGCUGCCGGCGGGGGCGCUCCGGGGGCUGGGGCAGCUCCAGGAGCUGGAGAUCCACCGCUGGCCUGCCCUGGAGGCCCUGGAGCCAGGGAGCCUGGCCGGGCUCAACCUCAGCAGCCUGGCCAUCACCUGCUGCAACCUGAGCGCGGUGCCCUUCCAGGCGCUGCACCACCUGAGCUUCCUGAGGGUCCUGGACCUCUCGCAGAACCCCAUCUCGGCCAUCCCGGCCCGGAGGCUCAGCCCCCUGGUGCGGCUCCAGGAGCUCCGCCUGUCCGGGGCGUGCCUCACCUCCAUCGCUGCCCACGCCUUCCACGGCUUGACCGCCUUCCACCUCCUGGACGUGGCGGAUAACGCCCUGCAGACGUUGGAGGAAACGGCCUUCCCUUCUCCGGACAAACUGGUCACCCUGAGGCUGUCCGGCAACCCCCUGACCUGUGACUGCCGCCUCCUCUGGCUGCUCCGGCUCCGCGGCCGCCUGGACUUCGGCUCGUCUGCCCCUGCGUGCGCCGGCCCCCAGCAUGUCCAAGGGAAGAGCCUCAGGGACUUCUCGGACAUCCUCCCCCCGGGCCACUUCACUUGCCAGCCGGCCCUGAUCCGAAAGUCCGGACCAAGAUGGGUCAUCGCAGAGGAGGGGGGACGUGCUAUCUUCUCCUGCUCUGGGGAUGGGGACCCAGCCCCCACAGUCUCUUGGAUGAGGCCUCAGGGGGCUCGGCUGGGAAGGGCUGGGAGAGUAAGGGUCCUAGAGGACGGGACGCUGGAGAUCCGCUCAGUGCAGCUACGGGACAGAGGGCCCUAUGUCUGCGUGGUCAGCAACGUCGCUGGGAAUGACUCCCUGAGGACCUGGCUGGAAGUAAUCCGAGUUGAGCCACCAAACGGCACUCUCUCUGACCCCAACAUCACCACGCCAGGGGGCCCGGGGCCUUUCUUCCUGGACAGCAGAGGCGUGGCGAUGGUGCUGGCGGUGGGCUUCCUCCCCUUCCUCACUUCCGUGACCCUCUGCUUCGGCCUCAUUGCCCUCUGGAGCAAGAGCAAAGGCCGGGUCAAGCAUCACAUGACCUUCGACUUUGUGGCUCCUCGGCCCUCAGGGGAUAAGAAGUCUGGGGGGAACCGGGUCACCGCCAAGCUCUUCUGACCCUUCCCUCCACACCAGGGACCCGGCCACGCCAGCUUCGGGCGUCAAAGGGACGGGAAGGAAAUAAGGCUGCUUGGACGGGAACCAGGUCCCAAGCGGCCUCAGCCUCCCACACCUGCCUGCACCCAGCCCAUUAAGGGGGCCUGACAGAAGGUCAGCCUCGUGCUUCUGCAGUCUCAAUGCCAUUGUCAUCUCUUCCCUGAGGGUCCCAGGGAGCUGGGACUAGACGCUGUAGCCAGCCCAGGCCUCCCGUGCCACACACAGAGCAGGAAAUAGGACCAGGGCUCUGUCUGCUCGUCUAACCACCAGGCUUUCUUCACACAUGUGCCAACCACCGCUAUGAAGUCACUUCUGAGGGAAGGGCCACUUGCUUCUCAGAGACUCUGCUCCUCACCCAGGGGGUCUCCCUCUCUCUUCUGCUCCAUCCCCUUUGCCCACACAAGGAACUGGGGUCAAGGACCUCAGCCCGCGGGGAAGAGGACGUGAGAGUGGGCUGGGGAGGGCAGCUCUACACUGGCGCUGCGUCCUCCCCGUGAGUCCUCGCCACCUGCUUCUGCGUCACAUCAUUAAACCUGCUGCCCAGCAGCCGUGACAGGGGCAGCCCAAACUAAACAUGAUUUCUGCAGUUUUCUUUACUUCAGACCUUUUCUGCCCCUUAUUUCUGUCACAUCUCCCCCUUCUGAUCCCAAUGGCCUCGCCUGAAUCUAACAAACAGGUUUAUGGAAAAGGGGACCGGCCCACUUCAGUGCCCACUUCAGUGCCAACCCUGUCCGCGCGCUCUGCGCGUCUGGGGCGGAGAAGCGAGCCUCGGAGGCCUUCAGAGGAUCGCUCCGCAGAAACCGCGGCCCAGGA